UUUCAGAACUCUUUGAGUUCCUCUCCUUUUGGAAAGAAAAUUUCCAGCCAAAAAAAUACAGCAAGAUUUGGGAAUCACUGAAAUCAUAAACAUUGGAAUGGACAAACCCAGAAUGGUGCUACAUGAAGACUCCGGAUUUUCUGACUUUAGAAGACGUUUUGUCCAUUUGAGUCCUUUCACUAUUGUUAUGGUCUUACUUCUCAGUGACUGUUCCGUCACUGGUUCUCUUGGAGGAACAGACAAGGAGCUGAGGCUUGUGGCUGGUGAAAACAGGUGUACUGGGAGAGUGGAGGUGAAAUUCCAGGAAGAGUGGGGAACAGUGUGCAAUAACGGUUGGGACAUGGGUGAGGUCUCUGUGAUUUGUAGACAGCUGGGAUGUCCAACUGCUAUCAUGUCCACUGGAUGGGCUAAUUUCAGUGCAGGUUCUGGAACAAUUUGGAUGGAUCAUGUUUCUUGUCAAGGCAAUGAAUCAGCUCUCUGGAAUUGCAAACAUGAUGGAUGGAAAAAGCAAAACUGUACUCACCAACAGGAUGCUGGAGUGACCUGCUCAGAUGGAUCUGAUUUGGAAAUAAGGCUGAUGAACGGAGGAAACCGUUGUUUAGGAAGAAUAGAGGUCAAAUUCCAAGGGCAGUGGGGAACAGUGUGUGAUGACAAUUUCAACAUAGAUCAUGCUUCUGUGGUUUGUAAGCAACUUGAAUGUGGAAGUGCUGUCAGUUUCUCUGGUUCAGCUACUUUUGGAGAAGGAUCUGGACCAAUAUGGUUUGAUGAUCUUGUAUGCAAUGGAAAUGAGUCAGCUCUCUGGAACUGCAAGCAUGAAGUAUGGGGAAAGCAUAAUUGUGAUCAUGCUGAGGAUGUUGGAGUGAUUUGCUUAGAGGGAGCAGAUAUAAGCCUGAGACUUGCAGAUGGAGUCAGUGCAUGUUCAGGAAGAUUAGAAGUGAAAUUCCAAGAAGAAUGGGGGACAGUGUGUGACGAUAGCUGGGACAGUAAUGAUGCCGCUGUGGCAUGUAGGCAACUGGGAUGUCCAACGACCAUCACUGCGAUUGGACGAGUUAACGCCAGCGAGGGAUCUGGACACAUUUGGCUUGACAGUGUUUCCUGCAAAGGGCACGAAUCUGCUCUCUGGCAGUGUAAACACAGCGAAUGGGGAAAGCAUUAUUGCAAUCAUAAUGAAGAUGCUGGUGUGACAUGUUCUGAUGGAUCAGACAUAGAGCUGAGACUUAUAGGUGGAGGCAGCCGCUGUGCUGGGACAGUAGAAGUGGAAAUUCAGAAACUGUUAGGGAAGGUGUGUAACAGAGGCUGGGGACUGCGAGACGCUGAUGUGGUUUGCAGGCAGCUGGGGUGUGGAUCAGCACUCAGAACAUCCUAUCAAGCUUAUUCCAAAAUUAAGGCAACAAACACAUAUCUGUUUGUAAGCAGCUGUAAUGGAAAUGAAACUUCCCUCUGGGACUGCAAGAAUUGGCAAUGGGGUGGACUUAGCUGUGAUCACUAUGAAGAAGCCAAAAUUACCUGCUCAGCCCACAGGGAACCCAGACUGGUUGGAGGGGACAUCCCCUGCUCUGGACGUGUUGAAGUGAAACAUGGAGACACAUGGGGCUCUGUCUGUGAUUCUGACUUCUCUCUCGAAGCUGCCAAUGUACUGUGCAGAGAAUUACAAUGUGGCACAGCUGUCUCUAUCCUUGGGGGAGCUCACUUUGGAGAAGGAAAUGGACAGGUCUGGACUGAAGAGUUCCAGUGUGAGGGGAACGAGUCCCAUCUGUCACUCUGCCCAGUAGCACCCCGCCCAGAUGGGACAUGUAGCCACAGCAGGGAUGUCGGAGUGGUCUGCUCAAGAUACACAGAAAUCCACUUGGUGAAUGGCAAGACCUCAUGUGAGGGAAGAGUGGAGAUCAAAGUGCUUGGGUCCUGGGGGUCCCUCUGCAACUUUCGCUGGGACAUGGAAGAUGCCCACGUCCUUUGCCAGCAGCUUCAAUGUGGAGUUGCCCUUUCUACCCCAGGAGGGGCGCAUUUUGGGAAAGGAAGCGGUCAGGUCUGGAGGCACGUCUUUCACUGCACUGGAACUGAGAAGCACAUGGGAGAUUGUCCCGUAACUGCUCUAGGCACAUCACAGUGUUCCAUAGGGCAAGUGGCCUCUGUAAUCUGCUCAGGAAACCAGACCCAGACGCUACCCCCAUGCAAUUCAUCUUCAGAUCCAACAAGCUCUACUGUUCCAGAAGAAAGUACUGUUGCCUGCAUAGAGAGUGGUCAGCUCCGCCUGGUAAAUGGAGGAGGCCGCUGUGCCGGGAGAGUUGAGAUCUAUCAUGAGGGCUCCUGGGGCACCAUUUGUGAUGACAGCUGGGACCUGAGCGAUGCCCAUGUGGUGUGCAGACAGCUGGGCUGUGGAGUGGCCAUUAAUGCCACUGCUUCUGCUUAUUUUGGGGAAGGUACAGGGCCCAUCUUGCUGGAUGAACUGGACUGCAAUGGAAAAGAAUCUCAUCUUUGGCAGUGCCAUUCCCAUGGUUGGGGACGGCAUAACUGUAGGCAUAAAGAGGAUGCAGGAGUUGUCUGCUCAGAGUUCAUGUCUCUGAGACUGACCGGUGAAAGCAGCAGAGAGACCUGUGCAGGGCGUCUGGAAGUUUUUUACAGUGGAGCUUGGGGCAGCGUUGGCAGGAGUAACAUGUCUGCCACCACUGUGGGGGUGGUAUGCAGACAGCUGGGCUGUGCAGACAAAGGGAGCAUCACUCCUGCACCUUCAGACAAGAUAACGCCCAGGCCCAUGUGGGUGGACAACGUUCAGUGUCCAAAAGGACCUGACACGCUAUGGCAGUGCAUGUCUUCUCCAUGGAAGCAGAGAUGGGCCAGCCCCUCAGAGGAGACCUGGAUCACAUGUGCUGACAAGAUAAGACUUCAAGAGGGAACCACGAGUUGUUCUGGCCGUGUGGAGGUCUGGCAUGAGGGCUCCUGGGGCACGGUGUGUGACGACUCCUGGGACCGGGCAGAUGCUGAGGUGGUGUGUCAGCAGCUGGGCUGUGGCUCUGCUUUGGAAGCACUAAAAGAAGCGGCAUUUGGUCAGGGGACUGGGCCCAUAUGGCUCAAUGAAGUGAUGUGCAAAGGGAAUGAAUCUUCCUUGUGGGAUUGUCCUGCAAGACGCUGGGGGCGCAGCGACUGUGGGCACAAGGAGGAUGCUGGUGUGAGGUGUUCAGGAAAUGCAGCAACCAAAGAAUCAUCAAAUGCCACAGGUCACUCAUCCCUUGUUGCACUCGGGAUCUUUGCGGUUAUUCUGUUGGCCCUCAUCAUUGCAUUCCUUUUAUGGACACAGAAGAGAAGACAAAGACAGCAGUUUACAGUUUCCUCAAGAGGAGAGAACACUCUCCACAAUGUUCAAUACCGGGAGAUGAAUUCUUCCCUAAAGGCAGAUGAUCUGGACAUGCUGAACCCCUCAGGAGACUGUUCUGAGGCACACUGAAAACGAAAAUGGGAAUUUAUAACCCAGUGAGUUCGGCCUUUAAACACCAUGAUGAAAACCUGGUCUAUUGAAUGGAGCAAAAACCCACCAAGUUCACGCGAGAUUACAAUUGUGUUUCCAUGGAGCUCUUUGUUUCCCAGUAUGCCAAGACUGCUGCUGAAAUUAUAAAAAUGAAGUUGGUGAAUGUGACUGCUAAUGUUUUAAAAAGGAUUUUCAAGGAACUAAAUAAAAUGAGUAUUGCUGAUGUGA